AUGGCCACGGAGAGAUAUCGAAGAAAUUCUAUUGCUAGCUUAAAAUUGCCUGAUGGUACGGUGGUGACUGAUCAUUCACAAAUGGAGGGUAUUAUCUGGGAUUGUUUUAAGAACAGAAUGGGUUCUUCCAGGGGAAUUAACAUGGGCUUUGAUCUUUCUUCCCUCAUUGAACCAGUUGUGGGAUUGGAUGUUCUCACUAAGCCUUUUGAGAAGGAGGAAAUGGAAUUGAUUGUCAAGCACAUGCCAGUUGAUAAAGCUCCAGGUCCAGAUGGUUUUAAUGGUCUUUUCUUCAAAAGGUGCUGGCACAUAAUUUCUCAGGAUUUUUAUGAACUAGCCCAGGCUUUCUUUCAGGGUACUGCCCAUCUGGAAAAUAUCAAUGACUCUUACAUAACUUUGGUGCCCAAGAAGCCUUCCCCUGAGGAGGUGGGUGACUUCAGACCUAUCUCUUUAACAGGAAUGGGUCUUAAGUUCUUGUCUAAGAUGGCAGCCAAUAGGUUUCAAGAAUGCCACCAGUCCAAGAAACCUAUUGUGAUUCUAAAGUUGGAUUUUGAAAAGGCUUUUGACUCCCUUGAGCAUGAGGCCAUUGUGCAAAUUUUGAGACAUGAGGGCUUUAAUGAGAAGUGGAUCCUUUGGAUGAAGCAACUUCUCUCCACAGGUACCUCCUCUGUUCUGCUCAAUGGUGUCCCUGGUAGGAAGUUCAGGUGCAAAAAGGGUGUCAGACAGGGUGAUCCAGUCUCUCCUCUCCUUUUUGUCCUAGCUGCUGAUCUCCUGCAGAUUGUAAUUAAUGACAUGUUCAGAAGGGGCAUUCUUCAGUUACCUAUACCUUGUCAUGAUCAGGAUUACCCUGUGAUUCAGUAUGCUGAUGAUACUCUUAUUAUCUUGCCUGCUGACAAGGACCAUCUCCUAGCUCUCAAGGAUAUGCUCAGGGUCUUCUUUGAGUCCACUGGUCUGGAUAUUGGGAAAAUGCCUUUUACCUACCUUGGGUUGCCAGUGGGAACUACAAGGCCUAAAAUGCUGGAUUUUAUGCCACUGGUUGAUUGCAUGGAGAGGAGAAUGACAGCUAGUUCAUCUUUUCUGAAUCAGGGGGAAAUUUGGCUGUCCCAGCUGGAAUUCUUAAACAAUUGGAAAGAAUCCAGAGACAAUGCCUCUGGAGGAGGAAUAGGGAUUAAUGCAGGGAACACUGCCCUCAUGUGGUCAGAUAACUUGCAGUUUGAUGGUCAGGUGUCUAGCCUUCAACUCAGAUUUCCCAGGCUCUAUUCCUAUGUUAAGGACCCCUGGGUUACUGUUAUGGAGUUCUUGGACUCUCAGGACAUUUUCCAGCAUUUCCACCUUCCUUUGUCCAGCCAGGCUUUUGAUGAACUGACUAUUCUCCAGUCCAUGUUGGGUGGCCUUAUUAGAGCACCUGGGUCCAAGGAUAUCUGGUUUUGGAAGGGCACUGCCAAGGGAUACUCACCAAAGUUGUUUUACUCACAUACUUUUGUCUCAGCAUCUUUCAACCCUUUGGCAGCUUGGAUCUGGAAGUCCUCUUGUACAAUGAAAAUCAAGGUUUUUGCUUGGAUGCUUAUUAUGGACAGGUUGAACACCAAGGACAUGGUGGAUAGGAGGCAUUGGCAUUUGGAGGAUGGAGUGAACUGUGUCCUUUGCCCUUUGCAGACUAAGGAAACAAGGGAUCAUUUGUUCUUCAAUUGCAACUUUAGUGUCAGAAUUUGGAACUAUCUGCAAAUUGAUUGGUCUUCUGGUGACUCCAUGGCUCAUUUGGUUCUUAAUGCUAGCAGGAGUUUUAGGAAGCCCUUCUUCACCGAAGUGGUGUUCAUUGCUUGCUGGAAUAUCUGGAUCACCAGGAAUGCUAAGGUCUUCAGGCAUGAGAGAGCUAGAUUUAAUAAAUGGAGAUCUGCUUUCAUCCAUGACAUCAGCUUAAUGCAAUAUAGAAUGAAAGCUGCCUACAAAGAUGAUCUUCUACGCUGGAUUUCAUUCCUGCCACCUUGA